GCAGACAGAAGAAAGAACAUUGGAAAGAACCACUGUUUGGAGGAAGUCACAUUGGCAGGGACAUACUGAGUUGCCCAUUUGGAAUUUCCAUAUCUGAAAGACAAAUAUUUUAUUGUGUCCAGAGAAGGCAAAAUUUUUUUUUAAAAAAAAUCCCUGAUUUGCAUCAGUAGUGCAUCACACGGGAUGAAGUGAGACAAGUAAAACUAUGAGAGGCAGCUGAUCACAUGGGCACAAUGUCAUGGAAAUAUAUUGAGUCAUUUCACAUAAGGCUGUUUGUUGUUUGAACGUCACCUGCCAUUCCCCAUAAAUAAUUAGUAGAACAUCUUUUACAUAUUGCCCUGCCUGUUUUUCUCAGAUUCGAAUGAAAAUGAAAAUAAAAAUGCCCUUUCCAAGCUCGCCCUGGCUUUUGUUUCAGUCUACCCCAUGUGUGAAGGGUAAGUUUUCAUCCAGUGUUUACUGUUACUAGCUGAGCUUUUCAAGCACUUGAUGAAAAUUUCCUUUUUAUUAUUAACUGCAUUAAUCACUAAUACUACACUUCCAUCUCUCAUGGGUAUUAUUUGUCCAUUUACAUUGCCGUGAACAAUAUAUGACCAGUGCUUGGAGUUUGAUAAUAAGAUAUACUGUAAUACUCUUUAUUUGAGUGUUUUUUAGUCAUGUGUCAACACUUUCUAAGACACUAAUUUAGAUUGAGUUAAUGAGUUAAACAUCUAUAUUUUGGCUUUAAGUGUAAUCUUGUGUUGGUGUAAGUUGUCUGUGGGGUCAGAAAGGUCACUGCAUCACCAAGGAUUUACCCCAGCAACAACCUCUUUCAUUCAAUAAGGCCAGCGAACGGGGGCAUCUUACAAGGAUAUCAUCUUACUGGUAACACUGGGAUAUUGUCUGUGACCAACUCCCAGUGGCCCACUUUGGUAGUUAUACAGAAUUGCAGGUAUGCAGGAAAUCUUCACACUUAAGAAGGAGGUUUACAUAUUCUAGGACGUGCUUGUGUGACUUCUCUGAACUGAUAUAAGGAUUAGAAUCAUAACCAUAUCACAUAUAUGAACAAAAAACCCGUUGCUUGAUAUGUUUUGUGUGUGUUCGAUAUGCGUGAGCUCCCCAAGGCUCAGGUGUAACAAAUACAAGCCUCAACUCAAAAGGUAUUGGGUUUCUACCUGGUAGAGUCUGGCUUGCUUUUUUCAGCUUCUGUUACCAAGCUGCUCUCAUCACUAAUUUAUGUUUUCUUUGCUGCAAAGCUUUGAGUAGCUGGUUGGUUGGAUGGUUGGUCAGCUAAACGGUCGGGGAGGACAGUGUUUUUCUCUCUUUCUGAGCAGUGCACCACCAGGGCUCCUAGGGGAGGACCCAGCUUAAGUUGGGGCUGAUGCAGACCGGAGAGGCUAUGAGCCCGCAGGACUCCAAGGCAGCAGGGGCCGAGGCCACGGAGGAGCAGAAGGCCCAGAACCAGAGCCAGAGUCAGGGGUGUCCGGAGCCCACAGCGCCUCCGCUCCCUCCCCCUUCACCGCCACCAGCAGGGCCACCAGAAUACCCCAGACCUAAGCUCAUCUUCCACACCCAGCUGGCUCAUGGGAGUCCCACAGGCCGUAUUCAUGGAUUCACUAAUGUCAAGGAGCUGUAUGCCAAGAUCGCAGAAGUGUUCAACAUCUCCCCCUCAGAGAUCCUGUUCUGCACUCUCAACUCUCAUAAAGUGGACAUGCAGAAACUACUGGGGGGACAGAUUGGACUGGAGGACUUCAUCUUUGCCCAUGUAAGAGGGGAGACCAAAGAGGUGGAAGUGACAAAGACAGAAGAUGCACUGGGUCUCACGAUCACAGACAACGGGGCUGGCUAUGCUUUCAUCAAGAGGAUAAAGGAAGGCAGCACCAUCGACCAGCUGAAGACAGUAUGUGUUGGAGAUCACAUCGAGGCCAUCAAUGACCAGAGCAUUGUAGGGUGUCGGCACUACGAGGUUGCAAAGAUGCUAAAAGAGCAACCGAGAGGCGUACCCUUCACUCUUCGACUUGUGGGACCCAAGAAAGCCUUUGACAUGAUUGGAAUGAGGACUAGAGCGCCAAAGUCUAAUGAGGGCAAGAUGGUGAAUGGGAAGGAAACCCUGCGACUAAGGUCCAAGGGUUCUGCUACAGUUCAGGAAGUGCAGAAUGAAUUUGAAGAACGAGCCACCAAAAAAGUGGAUGACCUGUUGGAGAGCUACAUGGGCAUCAGAGACUUGGAGCUGGCAACCACCAUUGUGGAAGCGGGCAAAGACAAGAAGAACCCCGAUGACUUUGCCGAGGCACUGGAUUCAGUUCUGGGGGAUUUUGCAUUCCCUGAUGUUUUUUUGUUUGAUGUAUGGGGAGCUAUUGGAGAUGUCAAAAAUGGCAGAAUCUAGAUGUUUGUUGUACACAUAUGAGAGAAGAAGAGCUCUGUUCUCUGGUAUAUCAAGCUGCAAAAAGGUAAAACGUAGAAGUGCGUAUAUAUUGCCUUCCAGUCCCUAUAUUCAUUUUGAAUCACUUGCAAUCAUGGCCGCACUGUGAUAUUGUUUGAGAAAUGGAAUGUUGCUAAUUUGUGCAUAACAGAUUCUUAAUGUUCUACUAAACUGGACUGUCAAAUCUUUACAAGAAAUACAAUGCACAGUAAUCUGCAGAGUAGUUUUUAAUGCAUUUGGCUAAAUGAAUAAUCAGAAAUUACUAAUUCAUCAUCAUUAGAAAGCUGUGAUUGAAUGUUUAAUUAAAAAGAGAUGCAUUUAAUAGAGGUCUUGACGUCUGCCACCAGCGUGCAACAGUAUGUUAUGAAACUGCAAGAGUUGGAAUCAGCUGAGGAAUCCACAAAAAGCGGUUAGCACCAGUAAGUCUGUUUCACAUUGAAAGGAAUUGCUGCGAAAACAGGAAAGAAACAUUUACAGGACAUUCAAUCUUUCUCUCAGUUAACAACAACUUAUAUAAGGUAAAUAAAAAUGUGUGUUUUGGAUUUUACCAAGUGUUCCAGAAAAAGGCAUUGCAGCUUUAAAUAUUCUCAGUCUUGCAGUAGAUGACUGACCUGACUUGAACUUACAAAAAAAAAGUAAAAUAAAAUAAAAUAAAAAAUAAUCAAAGCUGUCAUCUAAAAACUGAAUACCAGGGGAGCAAUCUAAAUGUUCCUGCUCUGCAAUACCUGUAGAUUCCCACAUGUGGAAACUGCUGUCAAACUCCAUAUUCGAACCAUAAGCACCCACAGUCAAAAAGAAAUCCAAAAAAUAUUUUGGUGGAUUCUUGUGCUUGUAUGUAAACUCUUACUCUUAGUUUUCCUUAAAAAUUGGAAAGAAUUUCUUGUGGUUGUUGAGAAAAGGAAAAUGUUACAUAUUCACUUUAACAUUGUACCAUGUUUCACUGAGGGAGCCUUCAGUCUGUUUAAAAAAAGAGAGAGAGCAAAUAUACUAUAGCAGUUUGUUGCAGCAUUUCAUUAUCACUGCUCUUAGUUUCAGUGUGUAGAUCUCGCUUUGUGUUUCUGCAUUGGUUAGUAUAUCCAGUAAAAAAAAAAAGGAAGCAUUAACUUAACACUGGAGUGGCAUAUUUUUUCUGCCUUACCAUUUUGCAUACAAGUAAAAACCGAAUGGCUAAAUUUAAAUAGUUUGACCUAUUACAUGGUUUGAGCAAUAUCAGUACUCUUCUUUGUGUUGCCACUUGACUGCAUUUCUGUAUGGGAAGUAAAAUGGUUAAAUAUUUAACAGCAACAAAUAUUUCUGUUUUAUUGAGCCUUUAUUUACGUGAACAAUCAACAUUUACUCCUCACUGUCAUGGGAGAACUUUUAUGGGAUAAAAAAUAACUGUUGUGGAAGACUGGUUGAGUUGAGUGACGUUACAGCGUGCAUUAC